AUGGCAUCUGCUGUUACCCAAACCGCACCUACGGUGGUUCCCAUCGUCGAGGACAAGAUCACACUGACUGGUCUCGCACGUGAGCCCAUCAAGUCCAAUGGAACCCUGGAUGCUUUUGAGUCCUUCGAUGUCACUCCGGUCAUUGGACGCGAAUUCCCCAAUGCCAACUUGAAGGACUUCCUGCGCGCCCCGAAUUCCGAUGACCUGCUUCGAGAGCUUGCUCUAACCAUCUCGCAACGCGGAGUUGUCUUCUUCCGCAAGCAGGAUAGUCUGGACAACGACCUGCAAAAGGAGCUUGUUCAACGACUGGGUGAACUCACCGGCAAGCCAAGCACAUCUGGACUGCAUAUCCACCCGAUAGCAAACUCGUCCCGGGACCACGCAGUCAAGGAUGAUGAGAUUAGCGUGAUCAGCUCCGCAAGCCUAGGAAAGCUGUACAAGGACAGAGCCGUGCGCAAGCAGAGUGCACGCAAGGAGUGGCACAGUGACAUCACCUUUGAGCCAAUUCCUAGCGAUUACACCCUGUUGCGUCUCACUGAGCUUCCGAAAACCGGUGGUGACACCUUGUGGGCCUCCGGAUACGAAGUUUACGAUCGUAUCUCUAAGCCCUACCAGAAGUUCCUAGAGAGCUUGACUGCAACCUAUGCGCAGCCCGGCUUCAACGACAUCGCCAAGCGCAACGACUUCUCGGUCCACCCUGGCCCUCGUGGCGCGCCAGAGAACGUUGGAGAAGAGCUCCGAGCUGAGCACCCCGUUAUCCGUACCAACCCCGUCACCGGUUGGAAGAGUGUCUUCGCCGUUGGCACGCACGUGCAGAAGGUCAAUGAUGUUUCCGAUGAGGAGAGCCGUCACCUUCUCGACUGGUUCGUGACCCUCAUUGCUGAGAACCACGACCUUCAGGUGCGCAAUCGCUGGCAGAACCCUAAUGAUCUUGCUAUCUGGGAUAACCGAUCGGUAUACCACGCAGCGACUCAUGAUUAUGAGGGACUUGGCCCGCGCACUGGACACCGUGCUGUUGGCCUUGGAGAGCGGCCAUAUCUGGAUCCCAAGAGCAUUGGAAGACGGGAGGCGCUCGGUGAGACCGAAUAG